AUGGUGGUCCAAGAACAGCCUCAGCCAAUGGCGCAAACCAUGCAGCCGAACCAGCCGCAACAGAACCCCAAUGAGCUUACGAAGGAGGAGAAGGAUAACGAAGACAAGAAGACUUGGACCUGUACUCUGAAAUGGAGUGCGCCCUUGAAGCGCUUUUGCAAUGACUACAAAGAUGAUCCCAAACAGUCGGUUCACGAUGAUGACUUGCGCGCCGAGGUUGCUGCUCCACAGCCGGCUGCUUGA